AUGGAUGUGGAGACGGUAGGGGCAUCCGUUGUUGCCAGCGUGGCUUCCAAAGUCGUGUUUCAUCCCAUAGACACGAUAAGAACACUGAAACAAGCGUCGGUGGUGCGAAGGAAGGUGCCUCUUCGCAUGUAUUGGAACGGUCUCGUACCGUCGACCAUGUUUGCAGUGCCGGGCUUCACCGCAUAUUUGGUAGCAUACCGCCAAACAAAGACGUGGCUAUCGUCCACACUCGGUGCCACGAGCAUCACAAACUACGUUAUUAGCGGAGCAAUGGCCGAGGUAGCCUCAUCAUUUAUCUGGACGCCAAUGGAGGUCCUCAAGGGUCGUAUGCAGAUCUCGUCUACUCGGCAGCGUAUGCGCACGGUGAUGAAAGAUAUUUAUUUGAACGAGGGAUUGGUCGGAUUUUUUCGAGGCUACUGGAUGGGAAUCGUGGUUUUCUUGCCUCACUCUGUCGUAUGGUGGGUUUCUUAUGAAAACGUCAAACUCGCUCUCACAAACGCCUGGCCGAAUCCCAACAUGUUUCUACUCAACAAUAUGAUGGCGGCGGGCUCUGCCUCGGUUACAGCCGGAACCUUCACUAAUUUUCUAGACGUCAUCAAGACGAGACAGCAGCUGGCCUACUCACGAGAAAUUGGCGGCCUGCGGCCAGAUGAUAAACACGGUGUUUUGAGAGUUGCAUACAACCUCAUUAAAGAGGGGGGGAUCUUCAGGGCGGUGUUCAAGGGUCUUGGCUCCCGUCUCGUGUGUGCUGUGCCCUCUAGCAUGUUCACUAUGGCCAUUGUAGAAAUGAUGCAUCCAGACCCGAACUUUCAACUGGCGGCUGCUCAACCCGAGCUCGAUCCUUAG